UUCCAAGGAAAAUCCAGUUAAACAAAACCAUAAUUUGUCUUAUUUAACAAUGUCUAGAUUACUGUUUGAGAUUCAUUAUUUAUUAGGAAGAUAUACCAAAAAAUAUGAAACAAAUGAAUUUUCUACUUUGUAAUCGACGCUAUGAAUAUCUUAUUUAAUUGUAAUUACAGAUCCGUAAUUAAAAAUACGCAUUCAUUUGUACCUGAGGGUUCAAGCCACCAGGGCGCGCUAAAAACAGUUUUCUGGGCAACGGAAAAUUCAAAUCAAUAGUGGCGCGCGCUGUCACAUUGCCGGUGCCAAUCGAUAAAAAGCCGUUGAAUAGCAGCGGUUUUUAAUUUUCUAUUCAAUGUCAAAUUAAUGCAUCGAAUUGAUGCGUAGUGGUGUUAGUUUUUACAUAUUAUCCCCUUUUGUAAACGUCGAAAUUUUUCGUUUUUUAAUAUCAACACGAUGGCAGCUUGAAAAGUUCGCGCGGCAUCAGGUUCGUGAAGCGGUUUUGCUUCCUGCGCGCAUCGUGAAGUCACGCUGCGGGCAGAUCCUGCGCAUUUAAUUAAAUUCGUUUCCGGCGUGGUCCAGUGUACACAGAGAGCGUACCGCGUGCAUGAUCGGUGUGAAGGGUCCAAGAAAUUCGCUCGCUUCGCUGGGGUGCCUACACAAGGAUGACGGAAUGUGUGAAGGAGUUCUACAGCCAUGACAUCGUCUACCGGUUCGACAAGCGUGGAAUUAUCACGUUUGGCGUUGUGAUGGACACAUACGAGUCCUCGGACUCUGACGAUUCCCAAGGGCUGCUCAAAGGCCAAAUGGAAGUGCACUGGCUAAGAGGUACCGUCGGGCGGGAGCAGGUGAUAAAGCAGAAUCGUGUGAAGCUGCUUAGCCGGAAUGUCUUGGAUGGUGACAUUGUGCGCCGCCUGGAGAACGGAAAGGAGACGCAACGUGGUUACUGCCGCAGUAUCAAGCGGCGUUCGGUGGUAAAAAUUGUGGGUUGCAAUUCCGUGGUCGAGAAUGUUGCCCACACGCGCUUAAUGUACCUGCAUCCCCUUCAGGUUGGCGCACCUGUUUGCGUUGGAUUGCGCAUUGGACGUGUAUAUAACUGUGAAUACGUUGUAAGACUGACCAGUCGUGAUGGUUCGGUAAUUGAGAUUGUGCCGGAAGAUCCAAUGGCGCCUAGUAGUCGAACUCGUAUUUUUGCUUCGGACUCCGGCAUGUACCUAGAAGACUUCAGUGUAGGCAAUAUUAAGAGCAUAGUACCAGCGCAUUUGAAAUACGCCAGAUGGAUAAAGAAAACCAAGACAAUAAAGCUGGCUGCUCAUAAGCGUCAUCUCUUCAUGGUGCAGAAGAUUACUCCUAUCGUGGUAACUAUACAUGUCCAUCCUAUUCGCGGCCAAAACAGCUUCUUGUACGACGUACCCGAAGAAGACUUUUCGCAUAUAAAAGUAUUACAAACUCUGGACGAGACAGUGCCAGCGUUCAACGAUCCGCGCUGCGUGACAAUCACGUCGGAAGACACCGUCCUGGUAAAAAGCAAUUGGUUUGCAAAGCAAUCCGCCAAGUACCGUCCAGACAAUGUCAUUCAGAAAAAGUGUAAGAAAGAGAAAUUUCGAAUCAACUUAUUUGUUUAUGGAACUCAGGGUGUACGCGCUUGGCGUCACAUCCGGUUUCUACGUAAUAGCACCAAAGAUGAGGAGGACACCGAUUGGACCACCGAUGAAGAAGACGAAGAGUCGCCCCCGAAACGGAAACCGAAAAAAAUGACGUUGGGCCAUCCCGUUGAGGUACAGGCUAUGUGCACCGAAGCGUACGCCACCAUUAUCUGGCAGGACGGUACGAUGGAACCGGAUGUUCCCACCACCCAGCUGUACUACUCCAUCUCGCUGGACGAUCACGAAUUUUUUCCCGGUGAGUGGGUGAUUCGUGCCUUUGAAACCCGAGAUAUGUACGGAGUCGUACAAAAUGUAGAGUGCCUUGAACGCACUGCACAAGUCAAGUGGUUCAUAUACAGCCCCUGUGAGGACACGCCAAUAUUCUCCCAUCAGGAAGAGCACAGCGUAUAUGACAUCAAACGGCAUCCGACAUUUGUAUUCCGGCCGAGCAGCAUAGUGUAUCGCAUGAAAGCGUGUACAGGCAACCUAGGGACUGUGAUUGAUUCGUUUCCGGACGGGUUCGUGAAAGUGAAGUGGAUGGAUGGCACGGAGGAAGACUGCUGGCCAACGCACAUCGGUAUGUUGCCUGAGAACAUGUCCCAUGAUACGGACAGCGAGGAUUCUCUUGAGUUGGACAAUAGUUUGCAAAUGUCGUGGGAGACGGAGAGCUUUGAUAUUAGUCCUGGUUGUACUUUAACGGAGCCAACGUGGCACGUGCUGGUAUCACGGCUAGAGUUAAUGCGCGGGCGGAUUACGUAUCUUCGGGAUGCCAUGUUAACUCGGGAAUAUAGUGCAGAUGAAAAUAUAUCGGUUUUAAAAAAUUUGCUCACUGUUUACGAGAACUCCACUUAUUUGGAUAAGCUUCUUGACACACACUUUUUUAGCAUUAGAAGCAGGCACUACCAAGCUCUGCUUUAUAAAAUUAAGGAGAAGGCAAAGGAAGCUGGCAUCGCGAUACAUAGUAAGUGCCAUAUAAACAAUCUUGAUGAACUGAAGGCUGCCGAGAUGGACAAUCUCAACAAGGUGCUAAAACUCGAGUGCCAUCUGCAAAAGGAUUGUGUAAACGAAUCAAACGAGCUCAAUGAAGAACCUUCGACCCCCACAACAACGGACGAAGGUACAAAUGUCCAAUCGAAUACAAGUCUGUGUAUCGAACUGCUGUCAAUGCUUAAGUGUCGUAUGGAUCUGUCCCUUGCCGAAAUGAUCAGCCGUAUGGGCGGCAGUCAGGUCUUUUCCGUAUUCACCAAGUCCUCGGAGAUUGCAACACCCGCCACGUCGACGCCCAUCCGAAGCGCACCCCCUACAUCGGACGAUUCAUUCACGAGUAUUAGUUUCACGACACCCAAGCCGGCGGAUUGCAAUGUGGAGGCGAUGUUCGAGACAUCGCAAAGUCUCGAGUCAUCAGCUCUGGAAAUAAUCCUGGCACCAACCAAGCCGUGUGUUGUGAAAGGUGCUGAAAACAUGAGCAACUUGUUCGAAGUUCUUGAAGAAGCGCCGCACAGUCAUCGCUUCUACCGCACGGAGAUCCAACCCGUAGCCAACCAAUGUUUCUAUCGCGCUGUAAUGAACGAAGCAAUGCUAUUAAGGGAGUCUUUACCGCCCGGCGUGUGGGUUUACGCGUUUGCCAACCGCACAGACCUCUACUCCGUAAUGAUUCGCGGUCCCAACAAUACUCCUUAUGAGGACGGUUUGUUUAUUUUUGACCUGCAAUUGAGCCCGGAGUAUCCGCGGUCCCCGCCCCAAUGUUGUUACAUCAGCUAUAACACAGAACGCCUUAACCCCAACCUGUAUCCCAAUGGACGCGUGUGCGUUUCAUUGCUAGGCACGUGGAUGGGUCGCGGCACAGAGGUAUGGGGCCCAAAAAGCACUCUUUUACAGCUCAUUGUCAGCAUUCAGGGGCUCAUUCUUGUCGCUGAGCCGUACUACAACGAGGCCGGCUAUGAGAAGCAGUGUAACUCGCAGCAGGGCUACGAAAACUCUCGCACAUACAACGAACUGGUGCUGUUGCGUCUCGUGCUGUCCAUGACCGACAUGUUGGAAAGUCCGCACGAGAUAUUCCGGUCGGAGAUUUACAAGCAUUUUCGCGAGCACGGCCACAAGAUGAUUCAACGCCUGGGAGCUUGGAUUGACGGCGUACACGAAAAGGAGCCCGAGUUUCCUCUGCUGCCGGUCAGCAAGGGUCUCAAGCUUAGUUUGCGCGCAUGUCUCGACAGGUUCAAGGAGGUGCUGCGGAAUCACGCAGCGAGUUAGGUCUUUGUGUAGCUAACGAUAAUAAUAUAACUUGCAAUUUUCAUGCAUGCUCAAGAAAUGCACUCGCAUGUCCGCAAUUUCGCAUUGAUCUUGUUUCCUGUGAUGGUGAUAUUUUACGUCGCGCCCGAAUCAAAAACAUUGCAAUAUAUUUGUUGAUUGACCUCAGGGACAAUGCCGGCCUGCCAAGUCAAUUCGGAGAAAUCCGCGCAUAGUGAUCGUUUAUACGAGUGAGCAUGCACUUGUUUGCAAGCACAUAUAUAUUUAAAAUUUUACGUCACAAUGCAACCAAGGUUAUCUUAACUCUCUCUCGCAAAUACUCGAAAACGGUGAUAAAUUAAAAAUAUUGUUGGAAAUGAUACCGAUGUUGAUUAAUAAAGCAAAUAUAUCUUAUAA